AUGGUGGGAGAGGCCGGAGAGCCCGGAGAGGCCAGAGAGGCCGGAGAGGCCGGAGAGGCCAGAGAGGUGGUAGACAUCUGGAGCUUUCAGAUUAAAAUCCCCAGCACUCUGCAUUCAACUAAUUAUCCUCAGAGCCUCGUCAGGCCUGAGACCCAGCACAUUCAUUUGGAGAUACGCACCCAGAGAGUGUCUGCUGUGAACAAGUUCGACCCUCCUCUGGAGGUGGUGGCAGCCAGGGAGCACAUGAGUCACAUGGUAUUCCAGCUGAUGCAGCCCCAGGUCAUCUACGAUAGCACCCUGCCCAGUCUGGACUCUCCCUACCCCAUGCUGGUGUUGACUGGGCCCCAGGCUUGUGGGAAGAGAGAGCUGGCUCACAAGCUCUGCCGAGAGUUCAACGACUUCUUCGCCUACGGAACCUGCCAUACCACCAGGGGUCCCUACUUUGGGGAAGAGGACGGGAGCGACUACCAUUUUGUCACGGAGGAAGACUUUCAGAACAUGAUUCACAUGGGUAAAUUCCUCCAGACGAUGCAGUAUGCGGGCCACUGGUAUGGUCUGUCUCGUGAGGCCAUAGAAGCCGUGGCCAGGGAGGGCCUGGCCUGCUGUGUGCACAUGGAGCUGGAGGGCGUGUUCAGUCUGAAGAACAGCCACUUUGAGCCGCGUUACAUCCUGAUGAUCCCCACAGACAAGGAGCAGUACGGCAGGCGGCUGAGGACCAGAGCUCUGUACACCCGGACCCAGAUAGAUAAGGCUGUAGCCCGCGUGGAUACAUACGCCCUGAUCAACAGAGAACGCCCAGGCUUCUUCGACAACGUCAUCCCCUGUGAUGAGCCAGUGGAGGCAUACAGAACCCUGAGGCAGGUGGUGAAGGACUAUCUGGGAGUGGAGGAGCAGGGAGGAGAGGACCAGAGCACCACAGACAACACCUCCACAGAGUUGAAGAGGUACUCCUUAAUGGACGAGGCGCCCCCAGCCCCCUCCACCAGGCCAGAGACAGUCUUUAUGUCCCGCUCCGCUCCAGACAUGGACCCCUCGGACCACAACUGUAGGAAGUACUACAACAAGGUUCAGGCCCAGCUCACCCCACAGAAGACCUCGGCAGAGCUGGCCUCCAUCCACAGACGGCAGCAGCUGGUCAGAGAGGCUCUGAUGGGUAAGAGUCCCAGAGCCUACACCCAGCUCUUCAACAGGAGUGUUCACACAGCUCCAUCAUCAUUGGCCUCUCAGAUGCAGCGGGACCCCGCCCUCUCAUCCCCCAUGAUGCCUAGAGCCAGCCAUGACGGACAACACAACCACUCAGAGAAUAACAGCUCUGAUGACUCCCGUGCUAGUUCUGGCCUGUCGUUUCCCAGCUCAGCAGGGGCCUUCUCAGAGACAGCAGGGCCAGCCGGGUGUUCAGACCUGGGCUUGGACACCACCGUGGAGCACCUGGAUAUCUCCUCUCUGGGACACAACCUGGACAUGCUGAAAGAUCAAGUAGAAUCUGGCCACACUCCUGACGCCCCUCGCCCCGGCUCCGAGCUUCUCUCUCCGGGCGCCACCGCCACCAUGGCACGCCCAGGCUCCAACGCCAAACCCAUCCUGCCACCUAUCCUGUCCGGACGCAAGACCCCCGGACCCAGCCCUAAGCCCCAAACCCUGAGACAGGAGGGAGAUGAGGAGUGAAGAGGUACAGGAGGCAGGGAGAGGAGGAGGAGUGUAGAGGUACAGGAGAGAUGGAGAGGAGGUGUGAAGAGGUACAGGAGAGAGGGAGAGGAGAAACAGGAAUGAGGGAGAGGAGGAGGUGUGAAGAGGUACAGGAGAGAGGAAGAGGAGGUGUGAUGAGGUACAGGAGAGAGGGAGAGGAGGAGUGAAGAGGUAGAGGAGAGAGGAAGAGGAGGAGUGAAGAGGUACAUGAGAGAGGGCGAGGAGGAGUGAAGAGGUACAGAAGAGAGGGAGAGGAGGAGUGAAGAGGUACAUGAGGGGGGGAGAGGAGGAGUGUAGAGGUACAGGAGAGAGGUAGAGGAGGAGUGAAGAGGUACAGAAGAGAGGGAGAGGAGGAGAGGAGGAGUGAAGAGGUACAUGAGAGAGGGCGAGGAGGAGUGAAGAGGUACAGAAGAGAGGGAGAGGAGGAGUGAAGAGGUACAUGAGGGGGGGAGAGGAGGAGUGUAGAGGUACAGGAGAGAGGUAGAGGAGGAGUGAAGAGGUACAGAAGAGAGGGAGAGGAGGAGUGAAGAGGUACAUGAGAGAGGUAGAGGAGGAGUGAAGAGGUACAUGAGAGAGGUAGAGGAGGAGUGAAGAGGUACAUGAGAGAGAAAGAUGAGGAGUGAAGAGGUACAUGGAAGAGGAGGAGUGAAGAGGAGGAGUGAAGAUAUACAGAAAAGAGGUUGAGGAGGAGUGAAGAGGUACAUGAGAGAGGUAGAGGAGGAUAUGAAGAGGUACAGAAGAGAGGGAGAGGAGGAGUGAAGAGGUACAUGAGAGAGGUAGAGGAGGAGUGAAGAGGUACAGAAGAGAGGGAGAGGAGGAGUGUAGAGGUACAGAAGAGAGAAAGAGGAGGAGGGAAGAGGUACAUGAGAGAGGAAGAGGAGGAGUGAAGAGGUACAGAAGAGAGGUAGAGGAGGAGUGAAGAGGUACAUGAGAGAGGUAGAGGAGGAUAUGAAGAGGUACAGGAGAGAGGAAGAGGUACAUGAGAGAGGAAGAGGUUGAGUGUAGAGGUACAGGAGAGCGAGAGGGACAAGUAGAUGCUCUUAAGAGUUGAAAGUUCACACAGAGAUUGAACAAUGAUGGACACAUUCACCUGACUUUUCUGAAUAAAGACGUACCUGUGUGUUAGCUGGUCCAGAUGGGGUCAUUCAUUCACUAAUAAUAUAGUCACAGGAUAGAAUAAUAAGAAUGUAAGGACAUUACACCAAAUAUAAUGAUUCCCUGCUUCAACUCAAACCGAAACAUACAUUAUAAUACAUUUAGUCAAUGACAUGUGCCAAACUCUUGACUUCUCAGUCUUGCUAUUGGGCUCCCGAGUGGCGCAGCGAUCACUGCAUCUAAGUGCUAGAGGCGUCACUACAGACCAUGGUUCGAUUCCAGGCUGUAUCACAACCGGAAGGGAUUGGGAGUCCCAUAGGGCGGCACACAAUUGGCCCAGCGUUGUUAGGGUUUGUCCGGAGUAGAAAGUCAUUGUAAGUAAGAAUUUGUUCUUAACUGUCUUGCCUAGUUAAAUAAAGGUUAAAUAAAUAAAAUAUUGACUACAUAAUCUAUUGUUGUUGCUAUAACCUGUACUGCAAUGCAGAAAGAUAUCCUGGACAGUCACUCAUUAAUAAAGAUGAUUACAGUAUAAUAAGAGAGAUAAUUGAGCUGUUCUUCAAUCGCUGCCAAAGGGUGAGUUAUCUGUGUGCUCUGUUGCAGGGCUGGGUAUCUACUGUAUAAGGGAUAGUUAUCUGUGCUCUGUUGCAGGGCAGGGUAUCUACUGUAUAAGGGAUAGUUAUCUGUGUGCUCUGUUGCAGGGCUGGGUAUCUACUGUAUAAGGGUGAGUUAUCUGUGUGCUCUGUUGUAGGGCAGGGUAUCUACUGUAUAAGGGUGAGUUAUCUGUGUGCUCUGUUGCAGGGCUGGGUAUCUACUGUAUAAGGGUGAGUUAUCUGUGUGCUCUGUUGUAGGGCUGGGUAUCUACUGUAUAAGGGAUAGUUAUCUGUGUGCUCUGUUGCAGGGCUGGGUAUCUACUGUAUAAGGGAUAGUUAUCUGUGUGCUCUGUUGCAGGGCUGGGUAUCUACUGUAUAAGGGUGAGUUAUCUGUGUGCUCUGUUGCAGGGCUGGGUAUCUACUGUAUAAGGGUGAGUUAUCUGUGUGCUCUGUUGUAGGGCAGGGUAUCUACUGUAUAAGGGUGAGUUAUCUGUGUGCUCUGUUGCAGGGCUGGGUAUCUACUGUAUAAGGGUGAGUUAUCUGUGUGCUCUGUUGCAGGGCUGGGUAUCUACUGUAUAAGGGUGAGUUAUCUGUGUGCUCUGUUGCAGGGCAGGGCUGGGUAUCUACUGUAUAAGGGUGAGUUAUCUGUGUGCUCUGUUGCAGGGCAGGGCUGGGUAUCUACUGUAUAAGGGUGAGUUAUCUGUGUGCUCUGUUGCAGGGCAGGGCUGAGGUAUCUACUGUAUAAGGGUGAGUUAUCUGUGUGCUCUGUUGCAGGGCUGGGUAUCUACUGUAUAAGGGAGAAUUAUCUGUGUGUUCUGUUGCUGGGCUGAGGUAUCUACUGUAUAAGGGUGAGUUAUCUGUGUGCUCUGUUGCAGGGCUGGGUAUCUACUGUAUAAGGGUGAGUUAUCUGUGUGUUCUGUUGCAGGGCUGGGUAUCUACUGUAUAAGGGAGAGUUAUCUGUGUGCUCUGUUGUAGGGCAGGGCUGGGUAUCUACUGUAUAAGGGAGAGUUAUCUGUGUGCUCUGUUGCAGGGCAGGGCUGGGUAUCUACUCUAUAAGGGUGAGUUAUCUGUGUGCUCUGUUGCAGGGCUGGGUAUCUACUGUAUAAGGGUGAGUUAUCUGUGUGUUCUGUUGCAGGGCUGGGUAUCUACUGUAUAAGGGAGAGUUAUCUGUGUGCUCUGUUGCAGGGCAGGGCUGGGUAUCUACUGUAUAAGGGUGAGUUAUCUGUGUGCUCUGUUGUAGGGCAGGGCUGGGUAUCUACUGUAUAAGGGUGAGUUAUCUGUGUGUUCUGUUGCAGGGCUGGGUAUCUACUGUAUAAGGGAGAGUUAUCUGUGUGUUCUGUUGCAGGGCAGGGCUGGGUAUCUACUGUAUAAGGGUGAGUUAUCUGUGUGCUCUGUUGUAGGGCAGGGCUGGGUAUCUACUGUAUAAGGGUGAGUUAUCUGUGUGCUCUGUUGUAGGGCAGGGCUGGGUAUCUACUGUAUAAGGGAGAGUUAUCUGUGUGCUCUGUUGCAGGGCAGGACUGGGUAUCUACUGUAUAAGGGAGAGUUAUCUGUGUGUUCUGUUGUAGAGCAGGGCUGGGUAUCUACUGUAUAAUGUGCCUUACGGUUCCCACUGUAGUAGAGAGCUGAUUCACCUAACCUAGCCAUGCUUAGAUGCAGCCCCUUCACACACACACACAGCCCCUUCACACACACACACCAAAGAGGCCUUUCCUUCAUGUUAUCUCUUAGCCCUAGUAUCACCACAUUCAGAGUAGUAAUAUGGUAUCAUUUCCACUGACUCAGGGGUGAUUAGGACUCUCACGGUGUAAUAAUCUCAUCAAAUUGAAAAUGCUGCUAUUAUCUGGUCUUUUAUGUGUCUGUUGUCAGGGCGAUAAACAGUUCAUCACUGACUCUGUAUCUCUUUGUACUAGAAUAAAUCAUAUUCCGAGACAUUUGAAGAGAUAGACGGGUAUUAAACUGCAAACUGUCAAA